AUUCAUCUGAACGCUGCGCUCGUCAAGUUGCCAACAGCUCCAAGUUGCUAUUUGCGUGCAGAUCGUGUUCGUGGCUAUUUAAAUAAUAUUAAAUAAUUGUCAAAAUGUCAACGAUGCUCGCCUAUGUUGUGUUAAUCGCUGCUCUAGCGAAUGUCUUAUCAGUCGAUGCCAUACGCUGUCAUCAGUGCAAUUCGCACGAGAAUCCGGACUGUGGCAGCCUCCUGGUCAACACGCCACGUGCCCAGCGCGAUAAGCAAUAUUUGCGUGAAUGCGCCCCCAAAGGCAAUAGCGAAGUCUUUUGCCGCAAAACCGUCAUCGAGCUGAAUGUGCAGAAGGAGCAUCGCAUUGAGCGCAGCUGUGGCUGGAUCAAGGAGAAGACUCACAACGCCUGCUUCACUGCCGACAACGAGGGCUACAAGCAAACCAUUUGCACCUGCAGCGAUGAUUCCUGCAAUGGCGCCAAUCUCAUCAAUUCCAACACACUGUGGGCAACAACAUUUGCACUUUGCGUUGCUCUUUCCAAUAUGCUGAGAUCUUGAAGCAACGAAUUUCAUUUCACACACACGCACAUAUACACACACACACACACAUACUAUGCUAAGCAUAAUUUUAUGUCAACUGCUAUGCGCUUAAGUAGUGGUUGUAUGUAUUUUUAUAAUAAAAACGCAAAAUAAAA